AUGGCGGCCGAAGGAGGAGACAGGCUGAGUAAUCUGCCGGAGUCGAUUCUCCUCUACAUCCUCUCAUUGUUACCAAAUAGUAAACAAGUAGUUCAAACCAGUGUAUUAUCAUCGCAAUGGCGAUUUCUUUGGAAAUCAGUUCCAGUAUCAAUUGAGUUUGAUUUUUCAGAUGGUCCUAAAGCUUACAGAGAGAAGCAUAUUCUCGCUUACGUAGCUUCUGUUAACAGAGAGCUUCAUUAUUGGAGAUUUUGCGAGAAAAUUAAAUCAUUUAGUGUUUUUAUUCAUAGUUACGUUAAUAUUGAUCGUGAUAUUGAUUUUUGGGUGUACUUUGCUACUAAUAUUGGUAAGGUUGAAGAGUUUUGGUUGAAGUUUUAUGUUAUUACUUAUCCAGAUUUGGCCUAUAAGUUUCCUGAAUUCGGGUAUACGAAUACUGUUUUGAGGAAAUUGGCGUUAGGAUAUUGCCAGGUGAAACCUUAUGGUAAUGUGAAUUGGAGUAAUUUGAUUUCUCUUUCGAUUGGGGAUAUCGAUAUAACAGAGGAUGUAAUGGAAAAAGUAUUGUUAGGUUCUCCUAAUUUGGAGUGCUUGGAAUUAGAUAAUGUUGUUAGUAUUCGUCGUCUGGAAAUCAGCUCUGUGAAUCUGAGAAAAAUGAUUCUAAAACAUGACAGUGAUGACUGUCAUUGCCUUGAAAUUCAUGCCCCGUAUAUUCGACAUUUAGAACUUUGGGGAUUAUGCUGCAAGGAGAAACACUUUCAGCUGAGAGAUGUGGGUUCGCUUGUUACUGCAGUGCUUUCUAUAAAUGUGUAUAUUCCUAAAAAUGCAGAGAAGGAAUGCAAAUAUCUGCGGGAACUUCUUCACCACGUUGCCCAUGUCGAAAAUCUUGAAUUGAGUCCCUGUUGCAUCGAGUGCCUGUCUAUACUGGAGUUGAAAGGGUUGCCUAUUCCACCAUCAAACUGGAAAUUCUUAAAACUUAACGCAGCCUUAGAAAAGUUGGACUACCCUGGAAUUUGCAACUUUCUAUCGAGUUCAUCAAAUCUUGAGACGUUGAUCAUUGACUGGUUUAAUCGCAAACCAAGAAAACUGCUGUCAAAGUGCACAAAUGAGGAUGAACGAUGGAGGAAACUAUGGACGCGUUAUUUUAACUGCUCAUUGCCACAUCUAAAGACCAUCAAGUUCAUUAACUGUUGUGAAAAACCAAUGGAAAAUAAUGUUGUUCAACCAUUGGUGAAAUGGUUGCAGAAGAAUGCAACAGCACUAAAAGAGUUUGUCAUUUCUAGUAGGAGAAACAGAGGGAAGUAAUGUAUCUCGGAAUCAUGUUGAUCAGGAGAUGCUAAGCUUUUCAAGAUCAUCCCCACGCGCGUUUCCUUGCUGAUAAAUCUUACACCACUCU